GCUCAAAUCUUGUCUUUGCAAAAUCCGAAGACAUGACGACCAUGGCAAGCCUACGUAAUUCACUCUCCUCUCUCUCCCUGAAAGAACUUACAAGCCCUUCAAAACACAGGCCAAUACAAUUCUUAUUUUGCUCCCAAAUCAUGACUUCCACUUCAAGAAAUGCGGACCCAGAUCAGUUUAGUCUGCACAAAAUGGUUCACCAGGUUCCUGGGCCGGUCUCCAAUGAAACGAACCGCUUUGUCGAUGAAACCUUUGGAAAGUACUCUUCAAAGAAUGCGAAAAGGAAUGGUAAAGGGAUUGCCAUCGUUUGGUUUAGAAAUGAUUUGAGAGUUUUGGACAAUGAAGCUUUGAACAAGGCUUGGGUUACUUCAGAAAUGGUGUUGCCUGUUUACUGUGUUGAUCCUCGUCUUUUCAAGACUACCUACAAUUUUGGUUUCCCAAAAACAGGAGCAUUGAGGGCCCAAUUUUUGAUGGAAUGCUUGGCUGACUUGAAAAAGAAUUUGUUGAAUCGUGGACUGAAUUUGCUCAUUCAACAUGGGAAAUCCGAGGAAAUCAUCCCUUCUCUAGCUGAAUCUUUUGGAGCUCACACAGUAUAUGCACAGAAGGAAACAUGCAGCGAGGAGCUAGAUGUAGAAAGAUUGGUCCGAAAAGGUUUGCAACAAGUGGUGUUAUCGGUUAAGUCUAAAGAUGGUUCCAGGAUCUACCCUGAACUACAAUUGAUUUGGGGUAUUACAUUGUACCAUCUAGAUGACAUUCCAUUCACUCCCAGCACUAUUCCAGAUGUGUACACUCAGUUUCGGAAGUCUAUUGAAGCUAAGUGUACAGUUCGAGGCUGCACCAGAAUUCCAACAUUUCUAGGACCACCCCCCAGCGUUGGUGACUGGGGGUGUGUUCCUUCAAUUAAGCAGCUUGGACUUCAACCACAGAAGGUUACCAGAGGAAUGAAGUUCAUUGGGGGUGAAAGUGCUGCAGUUGGCAGAGUACAUGAGUAUUUCUGGAAGAAGGAUCUCCUAAGGGUAUAUAAAGAGACCAGAAAUGGGAUGUUAGGACCUGAUUACUCUACGAAAUUUUCUCCAUGGCUUGCUUCGGGAAGCCUUUCUCCUCGUUACAUUUAUGAAGAGAUAAAGAGAUAUGAAAGGGAAAGGCAUGCCAAUGAUUCCACUUACUGGGUUUUGUUUGAACUGAUAUGGAGGGACUACUUCAGGUUUAUCUCAGUCAAAUAUGGAAAUUCUCUUUUUCAUAUAGGUGGCCCCAGAAAAUUGGAGUAUAAAUGGAGUCAAGACCAGAAGUUAUUUGAAUCCUGGAGAGAUGGCUGUACAGGGUACCCUCUCAUCGACGCCAAUAUGAAGGAACUAUCAGCUACUGGGUUCAUGUCAAACAGAGGACGACAGAUAGUGUGUUCCUUUCUUGUGCGGGACAUGGGCAUCGACUGGCGUAUGGGAGCUGAGUGGUUUGAGACAAUGCUAUUGGAUUAUGACCCAUCUUCCAAUUAUGGAAAUUGGACGUACGGAGCAGGCGUCGGGAAUGACCCAAGAGAAGACCGUUAUUUCAGCAUCCCCAAGCAAGCACAAACAUAUGACCCGGAGGGUGAGUAUGUAGCAUACUGGUUGCCAGAGCUACAAGCACUUCCAAAAGAGAAGAGGAACUUCCCUGGAAAAUCAUAUAUUGAUCAGGUUGUUCCUCUCAAACAUAGGAAAAUGAAUAGCCAAACAAGUCAAAACACACCCUUAACUGGGAGAAGAAACCAUUUUAGGGUAAACCGGCAAUAAUAGGCAAACUGUUUAUGCCUUUUUUUUCUCUUUUAGAUAUAUAGAAUAAGGCUUGUUUGAAUGCUUCAAUCGCCCUCGUGCGGUUUCAAUUCUGAGAAAUGAUAUAGUUUUACCUCAUUUAACCACAA